UAGGAGAGAACAUAAGCAAAACGAAAAAUGGCCCCACGCACUUUUCACUAUUGCCUAGCCUUGUCUCCAGCCAGGCCAGGUCAGACUGCCUGCGAACGAGGGUUAGAUACGCGCUCAGCAACCUGCGUGUGCGCCGGAGGCUGCGGAUAUCGCUGAAGCGCGCAGUUUGGGCAGUGGUGUGAGAGCGGGAUCUACCUGACGGCUGUUUUAACGGGUGCUUGUUAUGAGUACAGAAGACACUCGAAGGCUGCUGUGUUCGUUGGCGUGGUUGAGAGGAUUGGGAGGCAAUGGAAAACUGCUUGGGGAUGUUAAGUUCUUGAUUGAUGACAAAGUGACGCAAGAAGUUGCUGCUGUGCUUGCAAACCCCACAUGCUAUAUGAAAGCAUUUCGUUCUAUAUUCCCCUUCAACACAUUAGAGGAGGAGGCUGAUGGAACAUUUUGGCCUCUAAUUCAUGUUUUGGCUUGUCGUGGAGUGUAUGUUGUGAAUGAAGGACAGAGUGUUAAUCAUGCCAUCUUAUCUCAGACUAAACCCUUUGAAGUGUCCACCCAUUUGGCUCUGAUUGAUGCUCUAAUGAGGGCUUAUGUGUUGGCAGUUGUGAAGAUCCCUCAUGUUAUGCGAGUAGUCAGGUACGUUUGUAAU